AUGACCAUUAAAGUAAAGUUAGAGCUGUUUGACAAUAAUAGGGUUUUUAUAUAAAUACUGCAUAGUAAUCGAGUCUUAUCACUUAUGACUUAUUAUUUUGUUGUCAGAGUAUUAAUCGGUCGUGGUUGAACACGUUUGACUCGGAUACCCUGCGUACGUUUGUCGCUAAGGACGCAGCGUGCGGAAUGACGUGAUUUGUUUUGGUUCCUCACUGGGUUACAUGGACUUCUUUCCUUAGGGUACAUUUAUAAAGCUCUUGGUGGCACUGGUGUUUGUUGCGUUUUGUCCCCUUGCAGCUGAUGUUCAUUAAUGUCGCAUCCAGAUACGGCGCUCGAUUCUGUGAAGGAUCAGAACGGUUCUCUAGAAGUUUAUGUGUACAUGGGAAGAUGGGGUGGGACAGCGCUAUGAUGAUUACUUUACUAACGCAUCGCUGUCGUUAUAUUCAUCAGGUUUGGUUUUGCAAUGAUCAGAGGUAACUUCCAGUGAUUUAUUUCCGCAAAUCUGCGGAACUCCUGAUCCAGAAAUGGCGAGACUUUACUCGAAGAAACUUUUUGUGUUGUGUGUCUGCCUCUCAGCGUCAUUUUUUCUUAUCAUCACCCUACAGGCACGCAGUGCAAUAUUUAACCUUCAUGUUCCUUUUAGUUCCUUGAUAUGCCUGGCUUGUCUGACUAAUCUGAGGGUGCGCACCCAGUCUCUCCCUCUCCUCUCCUGGUCCUCAUGGAGUUGAGCCAUUUUGAGAGGAAGCAGGAAGAUCAUAAUUACAAGCCGAAGCAGACCAUCCAAGCUGCCAAUCCCUGGACACCAAUAGGAAGACCAGGUGAUCCUAGCAGCCAGUACCCGGUCAUCGUGUGGUGGUCCCCGCUGACGGGAGAGACAGGGCGCCUGGGAGAGUGCGGGGAAUACAGGUGCUUCUUCACCAUCAACAAGACUUACCAUGGUCACCCUUCAACGCAGGCGUUCCUCUUUUAUGGCACGGAUUUUAAUGUAGACAGCCUUCCCCUUCCCAGAGGGGUUCACCACCACUGGGCUUUGUUCCAUGAAGAGUCACCGAAGAACAACUACAAGCUCUUCCAUGAGCCCGUCGUCGCCCUGUUCAACCACACGGCCACCUUCAGCCGCUUCUCCCACUUGCCGCUGACUACUCAGUAUCUGGAGAGCCUGGAGGUGCUCACCUCCCACACCCACCUCGUCCCCUUGUCCCGGAAGAAUCUUCUGCGUGCUUCGCUAGCCCCCGUAGUGUAUGUACAGUCGGACUGCGACCCCCCCUCCGACCGGGACGCCUUUGUGCGGCAGCUGAUGAAGUACAUCCCAGUGGACUCGUACGGACAGUGCCUACACAACAAGGAGCUUCCGGCAUACCUGCGGGACUCCACCACCAUGGAGGAGCCGGGCUUCUACAAGAUCCUCGCUCAGUACAAGUUCACGUUGGCCUUUGAGAAUGCCGUGUGCGACGACUACAUCACAGAGAAGCUGUGGAGGCCGCUCAAACUCGGUGUUGUCCCCGUGUACUAUGGUGCCCCCAACAUCCGCACGUGGCUUCCCGCCGAGAUGAGUGCGGUAGUCGUCAGCCCCAACGAGUCGCCGGAGAAGCUGGCAGAGCUCCUCAAGGAGCUGGAUGGUGACGAUGAGGAGUACGAGGCCUACCUAGGCUGGAAGUACAGGCGGGAGGUGACCAACCAGAACCUGGUGGCUGAGAUGAGGCGCCGCAGAUGGGGCAUCCAGGACGUCACCAAGGACAGCCACAUUGACGUUUUCGAGUGCAUAGUGUGCGCCAGGGUGUGGGAGAAUAUCAACAGGCAGGAGAAGGGCCUCGCACCCAAAACAUGGCGGGCUGAGGGCAACCACCUGACGUGCCCCCCUCCGAGAACGUUUGACUUUGCCGUGGGUCCCACCAGCAGGUCGUCUCUGCGGGGGUUCUGGAGGCCCAGCUUCGAGCAGUCCAAGAAGGAGGCGAGAGCGCUGCGCCUCUUUGCUCAGAGGAAUGCUAACUUCACUGUGGAGGAAUUUUGGAAGCAGGUAUUCCGUAAUUAAACCCGCCUUCUCCAAGGCUGGGAUGGGACUCUUAUUAUGAAGCAUUCUGUUGAUCUACAGCAGUGUUUCUUAACCCAGUCCUCAGGGACCUCCAGACAGUCCACAUUUUUGCUCCCUAUACACACCUGUACGAGGUAUUCUGUGUUCCUGAUUCCUUAAUUGCUUGGUACAGGUGUGCUGGGACCUGGGAGGGAGCAAAAAUGUGAACUGGCUGGGGGGGGGCAAGGACUGGUUUAAGAAACACUUAUCUAGUUUGAUUAUUUUUUGGGUAUAUCAGAUGUGGCCAGAUACGGAGAUGCUCUCUACAAUAUGGACAAUAUUUACUUGAGAUAGUAAUUUUGUACUUUUGUUAUUGAUUAUUGGAAUUAAAAUAUUGCUAAAAAAAGAUGCAUUUCAAUUAAAAUACAUUCAUUUUAUUGGA